AUUGAUUUGAUUUGAAGAAUUUUACUAUUAGGCUCGUUUUGAACAUGUUUCCCUGAAGAGCUUGGUAAUUGUUUUAAGGAAAGCAGAUUCAAUUCUGAUGAACAGGCAUAACGAAAAACCUUGUAUUUGGGGCUAUUGGGCUUUUCUGGCGAAUCCAAUGUUAAAUCGACAGAUUAGCUGCUUUCAAAUUGAAUACCGUGCUUAAGCAAAGGUUAAGGUACAAGAUGUGAUGUGAUGUGGUUUGGUUUGAUCGCUUAUCUUUUGAAUGGUUGGUUCGUUUGUUUGAUUGCUUAUCUGUUUCACCACGUUCUGGGUAAACUUAGCCGAACGGAAAAGAAUUUGUGGAGACCCUUUUGAUAGAGAGUCAAAUUCCAACUGCUUUGCACUAUAUAUUCUUCUGUUUCUGAGUGGCGAAUACAGACAGAAAAGAAGAAAAGGUAUUUUUAUUUCAAAUUAAGCGUAUUUUUGGGGUGUUAUGGAGUGUUCACAUUCAGUUGAACAAUGAGUCGCACAAAUGCUCGGGCGGUUCGGUUGAUAAGACAUUCCAUAGCUUAGGGUAUGUAAUUGUUCAUCGUUAUCGUGUGUUUACGGGGCUAAUAACAGUCAUUGCCACAGUCAUUUUGUGGCAAAACAUGUGUUCGACGCACCGUUUUGUAAUGGUGUGUUCGUAAUUACUAUUUGAAUCAAAAACAGAUACCUAGUUGGAAUUUGUUCUGUGAAGCUAUAAUAGAUUUUCCAAUUCGCAUCAAUAUAAAUUCCCCUGGUAGGAAAAAAAACAAACGGAUAUUUCAAAAUCAAUUGGAUCGGUUUGCUAUUUUUGGCACCAUUUCAAACAGACGGACAGUUGAGCCUGGUUGAAACUUCCUAGUCCCUGAUGCUUCUUGUCAUGCAUCCACCCUAUAGUAUGGUUCUUGUAAAAUACUUAUCCCCAAUCCAACGCACCUGGCCCUUGAUACGUUCGACACGGAAUUGGAACUGAUGAAUAUAAAAUAAUAAAAAGAAAACGGAACCUUUUGGGUGGUUUGCACAUUCCGCUGACAAUAAUCAACGCUCUCAACCCGGAAAGGGGAAAGGCAGUGAUGGUUUAAUUGGAUCAACGCGGUAUAAUUAAGUAUCAAAAGUCGACCGAGUGUUGUGGCACCCCGUUGACAUCUCGACACUGAUGGGAUUGCAAGAGCGGGUGGGUGCAGGUACAGGUACAAACGGGUGGUCAAAUGGUCGUACAGGGCUGGCGUAAUUGCCUGGAGCUCUUCCGGGAUUUUACGCUCAUUUUAGUUUUUAAUGGAACUCUUUCCGAAGCAACGCAAGCUGUUAGCGAUGUUCGAAACCUGUAGGGAAAUAUGUAUGCCCGGGUUAAAAGACAUUUUUUGUCGCUUACCUUAAUAACCCCACAGCCGUGGAACUUUUGUGUGGUGACCACUUUACAUGGAGAGGUUUUUUCUUGUAGUUGUUGAAUGGCAUCUAUUGCAGUAGGCCACGAUGCACGCUACAGCAGCAAGUACACCUGUUGGCAUGCUCUCUUGUCAUCGUACUCAUCGCUAAUGCAUGUGGGGGUUAUGUGCCCCUAUCUUUUCUGCUACCCCGGUUGAUAUGGUUGAUGGUAGACGACAGCGGGCCUCCAGUACUCUCGUGUUGUAGCCAUAUUCGAUACUUCAGUUGACCCGGUUUUUUGUGGUUGUUGUAACCCCCAUCAACUCCAUCCCAGAAUGACUUUAUCGUCUAACUGCCACUAUCGUCGCGCGCUUAAUGCGUUACGUAAAGGUUCGCGUAAAGACAACCGUCGCUUGAUGAUGACGCCUGUGUGCUGUGUAGUUGCUACUGCUGCUGCUGCUGAUGGUUAAUUAUGGUGGAUGGGCGAACGAGCACAGUGGCAAACUUAUGCAUUUGCCUGCUGUCGCGAGACCGCGCGAUUGAUUGCUAGUAGGAAAAGUGUGACGUAAAUGUCAUUAUUGAAGUUGGCCAAACGAUGAUCGGAAAGCUUUGCAAAGGCUGUGUGGACUACUAGAUAUGUUUUACUGGUCGUGCUGACGUUUGUGUUUUAACCAAAUCUCAAAAGUUGGUGUGACUACUGGCAGGGUGUUUUUGUUGGUUUUAAGCACUACGCUUACACAAAGCAGCAUGUUAGCGUGCAAAGUUUUCCCCCAUCGUCGUCGUCGUCGUCCUCGCCUGUAACAAUUGUAAAUACUAUUCAAGCUAUGAUUUGCCGCAGUGAACUGCUCGAGAUCAUCUAAGCCGCAACAAAACAAGCAGUAGUGUUGAAAAAAAAAGCUGUGAUAGAAUAAAACGGGAUCUUAUUGUUUGCUGGAAGCAGCGUUUUGCAAGUGUGACGUUGGCGUCGAUCCCGUUUGACGCACGGAUUGCCUCCGGAUGUGCCGCAAUACGAGAACGUAGCACGUGAGCCGUCAGCGCCGGAUCUAUUCGGUAGAGCAAACAGAGCUUGGCAGAGCUGUCGUCUGUGCAGGUGGCCCGCAGGAAUCGAGACGUGCUCCUUAUAGUGUGCGGCGAAAGCGACGCUAGAAGAAACGGGCGAUGGCAGAAGCGAUCAUAGCCGAUUGGAUCUCCGACUACAGCUCGCUGCAGGAAUCGGAACUGCGAACGUUCGCCGCUCAGCACGAGAAUGACUUCGAAAUCUCGAAGGCACUCUACACCAUCCUGAACGAGCGGACGAAAUAUAAGGACCUUAUUCAUCCCAUCUGCAAUCAGCUGUGCAAUUUCUAUCGCUCGAAUGAGGCCGAACUGCGCCGUUUCACGUUGCAGUUUGUGCCGAUGCUGAUCUAUCUGUAUUUAAACUCGGUAGCACUGGGCGACAAGAAGGGCUGUCGAUCUAUCGAAACGCUACUGAUCUGCAUUUACAACAUCGAGGUCAGCUCGGAUGACGGCAGUCCAAAGGUGGUGUCAUUUCGAAUGCCUGUCCUCGCGCAGACAUCCGUCUAUCAUGAGGAGAAAAGUCUACAGCCAAGUGAUUUACGGCGGUGGGAAGAGAACAGCAAUAAGGACAUUAACUGGGGUCCGCUACCCUCAAUUGAAUCGAUCAACGCGCAGAACCGGCUCAAGGUGAUGACGGCCCUGCUGUUUACGUACAACCAGCAGCUCAAUCAGAUCCAUAAACCGGCUCUCUACCAUCUGUGCAAAACGACCUCGCUGCUGGUGAACCAAGGCUUUCCGAAGCUACCGGGCGGCCACAUGCACCGCUCGUCGUACGGCAAUGAUCCGAUCUCACUCCAGCAGCCGAUGGCGAUGGCAGCGCCGUCGCACGUCGUCCGGCCACCGCCCCGGAUCGCCGUGAACUCGCAGUUCCUGGUGGAGCUGGCGCAUGCCAACUACUUCGCCAUGUUUAACGAGUUUGCGUCGGCCGCGAUCGAGGCGGUGACGGAUCUGCACAGUCGCGCGUGCUACGAAAUGCUUCCCGAGGUGAUACUGGUGACGAAUGCGAUACGCAACUCGUUGCAUGCGAAUCCUUCCGGUCAACCCAGUGACGGUCCGAUGGGUAUUAGUGUUGCACUGACGCCUGCCACGACCACGGUGACGGUCUCGAAAUCGAUGAUUACGAACGCUUCCUUCCGGACGAAGAAGCUACCAGACGAUAUUCCAAUACAGGGGCCAACGAAGGAGGAGAACGGUGCGCCCGGACACCAGCAUUUGACCAGCAUCAACGAAGAUUGUGAGAGCGGGCUACCGUCGACGGACGGCAGCACGAAGGGUACAGUUGCUGGGGCAGGCACUGGGUCGUCCACAGCGAGCGGCACCCCGGGCAAACCGAAGGACUCCAAAACGCAUAAGGUGCUGGGUGGAUUCAAGAAGCUGAAGCCGGAAAAGGAUAAGGACAAGGAGAAGGACAAAGACAAGGAGAAGGAUAAGGAUAAGGAUAGGGAUAAGGAGGGAGGCAGCGGCACAACGCCCGUGGUGCUCGUUUCCACCGGUUCCGGGGGCGGUGUGACGCUUCCGGUGAAUAGUAGCGGUGCGGCAGCAGCCACCGGCAUCAGCGUCGGCGGCACGUCGCUGGUCGAGGAAGCGAAGGCGCUAAUGUCAUCGGCGAAGAAGAUCAACUCGAAGGAGAAAUUAAGUGCGUCCGGUGGUGUCGGUGGAGGCCAGCCCGCAACCGUUGUCGUCCUCUCGAACGGUAGCAUCCUGAUGGGAUCGGGUCCAGCGUGCGGUACGGCGAACGGCGACAGUGUGGACGGGACGAUCGUAACGAGCACGGCCAACGGUGGAAUCGGCGCCAAGCAGUCACUCGAUAUUGGGGAAUCGUUCGAUUCUGGCAGUGAGUUGCUGCAGCAGCAGCAACAGCAGCUGCACGCCUCAACCACGAUCAACAACAGCAGCAAUGGAGGCAACACGAUAAAAACCACCGUGCUGGAUAUGAAGAACCACGGCAGUAUACAAGUUAGUCAAGUUUAGAUUGUCGUCCAUUCGUUUGCUCGGGCCUACCGCUAGGACACCUGUCUUUUUUCCCCUUCUAGUUUUGUGGGUAAGGGAAGAUAUGCGUUGAGUGUGUGUGGAGUAAGCUAUAUUUUUUUAAAGAAAUAUUUGUCCUUUCCUUUAACUCAUUUCCUUUCAAUUGUCAUGAAGCACUCCGCACACACACAGUAUUGCAGUCCUGCCAGUAGGACAUUCUUUAACGCUCACACACACCUUCCCACAUGUCCCUUCAUGUCCUGUUUUCCCUCCGCGUACACGGUCCUGUAGAGAAAGGUGCGAAAAUGUUAAACUGGCUAGCCACCGGGGGGUCGUCGGUGAUUAUAGAUAGUGUACGUAUAUGUUGUGGUGCGAUUUUGUUACUAUAUAUACCAAAUAAGUGCGGUUGAACGGGCAGUAGAAGAUAGUGGAACUGCUACUAGGGUCCAUAGAGUGUUAUAAUUUGUGUGUUACAUUUGGAAGUAUUUUCUUUGCCGCUUUUUGUUUGUUUGUACAGAUUAUUGUUUUUCUUUUCGAGCCAGAAUUACUAUAUGUUUAUCCUUAUCGUCUAAUAUUACUAAUGUGAUAGUCAGCUUUUGUUGUAUUUUAUAUUCGCUUUAAUUAUCAUUCUCUCCAUUUAAUCGUUAUUUUGUUUCACUUCUAAUCUUUUAAUUUCCCCGUAUGCCCCACACAGUCGUUAGUCCUCUCCCCUCACACAGUCGUUAAAGUUGUCUAUAAGAUAAUUUUGAUAACAGCAACGCAUCUCUUGUUAAUGAUGGGGUCUUCCAAGGGAUUUUUCAUUCCACGCAAGCUUUCCCCACAUAAUACCCCUUCACCCUUUCAAUUGGCGAACAUUUAAAGCCGCGUUAUACGAGCGGGAGGGGGGGGAAACAACGAUCACGAUAUAAAUUCCAUUUUUAUGUCGUUUCUCCUAACCGGUGUAUGUAAAGUGUCUCGUGGUUUUUGUUGCUGUUGUUGUUGCCAUUCAUUCCCUCCACCUCACUUGGCUCGUCAUCAUUAGCGAAUCAUCUAUUUUCGCCGAGUGCCAUUACCACCGUGUUGCUGUGUACCAUCGCCAACGCGCCCACACGAAUCUGGUUGGGUAAAUAUGCACUCCCACACACAAACUCACCAAAAAUGAGGGAAACGGCUGCGUUCCGAAGCGCGCGUGUAUAUCCUUGCGGCAGGCUAAAACGCUGCUAAGCAAACAAACCAAACACUCGCACACACCAGGUUAGAAAAAAAA